GGUGUAAAUAAUAAAUAGUGAGUUUUUUUUUUUUUAUCUAUUUUUUUUUUAUCUUUGCCAUACUUCACUUGCUAAACACUAUGACGUCUGUUGUCACUGAAGAACACGUACAGUUUUGCUUCAAAGUGCUCAUUGCACACUUGGAAAAGAAACCUGAUCCAAAGCCUAACUUUCCAAACGAUCCAUAUCCAUUGUUUGUCACAUGGCAUAAAAAAACUCGAGAUGGGGAACUUCACUUGAGAGGUUGUAUAGGUAGUUUUACACCUCUUGCUUUACACGGAGGACUCCGUAAAUAUGCUUUGAUAAGUGCUUUACAAGACCGCCGCUUUAGCCCUAUUACACUGGAAGAGAUUCCUCAUUUAACUUGUGCAGUAUCGCUAUUGACAAACUUUGAGGUUGCGAAGGACUAUCUCGAUUGGGAGAUUGGUAAACACGGCAUUUGGAUCGAAUUUAUCCAGUUAAAUGGUCAGAAGGAAACGGCUACUUAUCUACCAGAGGUCAUGGUAGAGCAGCAAUGGACAAAGGAAGAGGCUAUUCAAUCACUAUUAAGAAAAGGACAUUUUGCUGGCCAGAUCACGAAAGAGUACUGCCAAAAAGCUAUUGUAUUAACAAGAUAUCAAUCUCAGAAAUUGGAACAGCCUUACAAAGGGGAUUAGCUUUACCACGUUUUUAAUAAAUGUUGUCUAUAUAUCGCUUCAGCCCCAUUAUACCUUUAGAGUAGUAUAUCACUGCAAAAAGAGCUAAAGACAGAACAUUUCCAGGCUAUAUUCUUACUAUAUAGCUAUUUAACACAUAGUUACCUCUAAAUACGUGACACGAGCAUCAUGCUUGCUUGACAGGA